AUGGUUUAUUGCUUUGCUUCUCGAAAGAGUGUGGUAUGUACCAGCCGCAUGGGCAUCGCCAGGGAGCAGCUAGAAUGUAAGCUCCACGAGACUGGGAUGUCUGUUUUGUCAGUGGUGCUGUAUUCCAAGCAUGUGCGGCAGAGUCUAGCCCCUAGGAGCAAGUACCUUCUGCCUGGUAGUCCAGCUACUUGCAAGCUGAACAAGUUGCAUGGGGCCUUCGUGUUUGCCUCUUACUUCACAGUGGAAUAUGCUCAUUUAUACAUUUAUAUAAAUAAAGACGACAAAUCCAACAUCGUGUUUCCGGGUCCAACUGAAAAUAAAAUCAAGAUUCUGAAAGGAAAAUAUGUCAGUACCAAGGCUGAAUGGUGCCUAGGAACCAUUCUCAGGUCUUUCCUAGAUAAUACUGGAGCCUCCACUGCUGGACAUAGAAAGUCUAUGAUCGCAGUGAGCUUCAUAGCAGUGUUCCUCUUCCUGCUGGUUGUGCGCCUUGUAAAUGAAGUGAAUUUCCCACUGCUGCUAAACUGCUUUGGACAGCCUGGCACAAAAUGGAUACCAUUCUCCUACACAUAUAGGCGGCCCCUUCGAACUCACUAUGGAUACAUAAAUGUGAGGACACAAGAGCCUCUGCAGCUGGACUGUGACCUUUGCGCCAUAGUGUCAAACUCAGGUCAGAUGGUUGGCCAGAAGGUGGGGAAUGAGAUAGAUCAGUCGUCCUGCAUCUGGAGAAUGAACAAUGCCCCCACCAAGGGCUAUGAAGAAGAUGUUGGCCGCAUGACAAUGAUUAGAGUCGUGUCCCAUACCAGCGUUCCUCUUUUGCUAAAAAACCCUGAUUAUUUUUUCAAGGAAGCAAAUGCUACUAUUUAUGUCAUUUGGGGCCCUUUCCGCAAUAUGAGGAAAGACGGCAAUGGCAUCGUUUACAACAUGCUGAAAAAGACUGUUGACAUCUACCCGAAUGCCCAAAUUUACGUGACCACCGAGCAGCGCAUGAGUUACUGUGAUGGCGUUUUUAAGAAGGAAACUGGGAAAGACAGAGUCCAGUCUGGCUCUUAUCUCAGCACGGGGUGGUUUACCUUCAUUCUGGCCAUGGAUGCCUGUUACGGCAUUCACGUCUACGGGAUGAUAAAUGACACCUACUGCAAGACAGAAGGAUAUAGAAAAGUCCCCUAUCAUUACUAUGAACAAGGAAGAGAUGAGUGUGAUGAAUAUUUUCUUCAUGAACAUGCUCCAUAUGGGGGGCAUAGGUUUAUCACUGAAAAGAAAGUGUUUGCUAAAUGGGCCAAGAAACACAGGAUAAUAUUCACACACCCAAACUGGACAGUGUCUUGA